UAUGUCAUUAAACGUCACCUGCAAAUCCACAUAAGCUUUUCCAUGUAGAUAAAUUGAAGAUAUCCAAAUUAUGAUUCUCAAUAUAAUUUAGAAAUCAAUUAUACUAUUGAGAAAACUAUUUAAACUAAGCCAUACAAUACAAUAAUAAUGAAGGGUCUACUUGUAGUACUAUUAAGUUUAGGACUUGUGCAAUACACACUAACGAAUGAAUUAACUUUUGAAUUGCCGGAUAGUGCCAAAGAAUGCUUUUACGAAGAAAUUCAAAAGAAUACUAGUUGUGUUUUGGAAUUUCAAGUAGUCACCGGAGGCCAGUAUGACGUCGACGUUUCCCUGGAAGAUCCCAAAGGAAACGUAUUGUAUAAACAAGUUAGAAUGCAGUUCGAUUCCCAUAGUUUCGUAGCACAAACGUACGGUAUAUACAAAGUUUGCUUCAGCAAUGAAUUCUCUACGUUUUCCCAUAAACUCGUAUACAUGGAUUUCCAAGUUGGGGACGAACAGCCAUUGCCUGGCAUUGGCGAACACGCCACUGUACUAACACAGAUGGAAUCGUCUGCUCAGGAAAUUCACAAAUCUCUUAGUACAAUAUUGGAUUAUCAGACUCAUCAUCGUCUGAGAGAGGCGCAAGGUAGAAAACGUGCAGAGGAAUUGAACGAACGUGUGUUGUGGUGGUCAAUUAUGGAAACUUUGGCCGUUAUAACUUGCGCUUUUGCACAAGUGUUUGUUUUAAAGAACUUUUUCACUGAUAAGAAGCCUUACACUCAGUUUAAAUAAAUUCGAUCGGCGUUAUGGUCUUUAAUACAUGUAUUUUAAACGGUUUUUGGAAGAUAAAUUACACCUUGAAAGUACAACGUAAAUAAGAUUUUCGACACAGUUCCUGUUUUGCUAAUUUUUGUAAUUUUAUAUGUAUUAAAGACGGUUAAUAUUGAGUGAAACAUCCGCUGUGUAGAUAAAACUUUUAGAUUGAAAUUUUACAUUGUACAUAACACGGACGAUUUUGUCACUAAAUUUUUUCUUGCUGCAGAACAUAAAUUAUCCCAUUCCAUUCUCGUUAUUUUUGUUUUGAAAAAUAAUUUAUAAUUUAAUAAAAUGACUAUAAAAAUA